GCCGCCAAUAGAGUUAGCGACAAGGCAAAGAAGACCCUUGAUCUGGUAAAGAAGUUUGUCAAUGAAAGAUGUAUUCCAGCCGACCCCGUACUUAAUGCACAAAUCGGUACAGGCCACGCUAGAUGGGAAAGCCACCCUCCUAUUAUCGAAGAACUGAAGGCAGAGGCAAAGAAGUUGGGAUUAUGGAACAUGUUCUUGGCCAAGGGCCACUACAAGGAGUCGCCCGGUUACACGAACCUCGAAUACGGAUUGAUGGCGGAAUACCUUGGGAAGUCAAUAUGUGCAUCAGAGGCAGUCAACUGUGCUGCACCGGACACUGGAAACAUGGAAGUGCUGGCGAAAUAUGGAAAUGAGGCACAGAAGAAGCAAUGGUUGACACCGUUGAUGAAUGGAGAAAUCCGUUCAGCGUUCUUGAUGACGGAGCCGGAUGUUGCCUCUUCAGAUGCCAAGAAUAUCAGUUUGAGCAUGAAGCAAGAGGGCAAUGAGUGGGUUCUGAACGGCUCAAAAUGGUGGUCUAGUGGUGCUGGUGACCCAAGAUGCAAGAUUUAUAUUGUGAUGGGCAAGAGCGAUUCCACCAACAAGGAUUCAUACAAGCAACAAUCAGUCAUAUUAGUUCCUGCUGACACGCCUGGUAUUACUAUCAACCGAAUGCUGUCUGUCUACGGCUUCGAUGAUGCGCCCCACGGCCACGGCCAUAUCACAUUUAAAAACGUUCGUGUACCAGCGAGCAACAUGGUUCUUGGCCCUGGUCGUGGUUUCGAGAUUAUUCAAGGUCGUCUGGGACCCGGCCGUAUUCACCAUGCUAUGCGUGCUAUUGGGGCUGCCGAGAAAGCUCUCGAGUGGAUGCUAAUGAGAAUCAACGACCCAAAAAAGACGCCAUUUGGCAAGAAUUUGAGAGAACACGGUGUGAUACUCGAGUGGGUAGCCAAGGCACGCGUUGAAAUCGAUGCUGCUCGUCUAAUCGUCUGCAAUGCGGCCAUCACUAUCGAUGAGCUGGGAACAAAGGGGGCAUUGACUGAGAUUGCCGAGGCUAAGGUCUUCGUUCCCCGAGUCACCCUUGAAGUCAUUGACAAAGCAGUCCAAGCGUUCGGAGGAGCUGGUGUUUCCCAAGACACACCCCUGGCUAACAUGUGGGCCAAUUCACGAACAUUGAGGAUUGUUGAUGGUCCAGAUGAGGUUCAUCUUCAACAGAUGGGACGCAAUGAGAACAGGAAAAAGGGUGCGGCAGCUGCUGCUAACAUCGCGAAGCAGGCAGAGAUCACUAAGCAGCUGUUUGCGCAGUACAAGAUCCAGCCAUCGCAGAUUGGAGACCAGAUCAAGAACACGCGGUCAAAAUUGUAG